GUGCGGUGUGUUGACUUUUGGAGUUAGAACCUCAAACUCGAAGAUUGAAGACAUAAAGUUCCAGAGUUCCACUGGGCAUCAAAACUCUGAAGUGAAGGGUCAAGGGAAGCACAUACAUAGUGAGUGCAUGUGAAAAAUGGGGAAGGUGACAUUUCCGUUUGUGGGAAUGAUAAUAGCAGAGUGUGCUCAAGUUGGGUUAAUCAUAUUGAGCAAACAAGUGAUGUCACAAGGGAUGACAAGUUUCAUCUUCAUCUUCUAUUCCAACACAAUCGCUGCCCUUGUUCUUCUUCCUUGUUCCUUCCUAAUUCAUACGUCUCAACAACGUCCUCCAAUCAUGUUUUCCACCCUUUGUGGAUUCUUCUUACUUGGACUUCUCGGUUAUUUGACGCAGGUUUUUGGAUAUGCUGGGAUUUACUUCAGCUCAGCUACACUUAGCACAGCCAUGCUCAACCUUAUUCCUGGUUUUACCUUCAUACUUGCCGUUGUUUUUAGAAUGGAACAAUUAAAUUGGAGAAGCUCUAGCAGCCUAGCUAAAUCAUUGGGAACAAUAGUAUCGAUUGCUGGUGCAUUUGUUGUGACUUUGUACAAGGGCCCUACACUUCUGAUGGGACUAUCACCUCUAAACUCAUUUCAGCAGCUAGUUUUCUCACAAGAUUCUAAUUGGGUACUGGGAGGAUUAUUUCUUGCAGCUUCUUGUGUGACGGCUUCAGCAUUUAUUAUUGUACAGGCUUCCAUUCUUAAGAAAUAUCCAGCAGAGUUGAUUGUUGUAUUCUUUUAUUGUUUCUUUGUGGCCAUUCAAUCUGCUGUGACCUGUUUGGUUGUGGAAAGAGACAUCAGUGCUUGGAGCUUGGAACCUAAGUUAAGGUUGCUUGCAGUUUUAUACUCGGGAGUCUUUGGAUCUGCAUUUCAAGUUGGUGUUACUUCUUGGUGUUUGCACCAGACAGGACCUGUUUUUGUUUCCAUGUUCAAGCCCUUAGGAAUUGUCAUUUCGGCGGUCGUAGGUGUUAUCUUCCUCGGGGAUGCGUUCUAUUUUGGAAGCCUGGUUGGUGCUAUUGUGAUUGUUGUUGGGUUUUAUUCAGUAUUGUGGGGGAAAGCCAAAGAUAUUGAAGAUGUUGGAAUGGGAAGCUCGGAAUCAAGGAGAAAACAGACCCCUCUUUUGAAGGAAAACAGCAGUGAAGAGAUAUAAAGGCAUAUAAGUUCAUUUAAAAGGAUGCUACAAUUGUUGCCAGAGAAAGAUGGCAUGUGAGUUGUAACAUAUUUUCGUACCAAAUCUGGAAGAAGAACAAUUGUUGUAAUAUACAAGUUUGUGGAACAAUCAUUUCCCAUUGUUGAAGCAGACCACCCUUGUCUAUGGUCCAGAAAGGAGGACCAAGUUUUCUUUCCUCUUAAUUAGGCCACUCUGAACGUUUCUCUCAUAUCUCCAAUGGAGAGUUCUAUGCAAGAAAUUUCCUUGUACUUAUAGCUAGGGACUUGCACAAGAGAUGCAACACGAUCAGAGAUGUGAAUACACUAAACAUUGAAGAAAAUUGUGAUAAAUUGUUAAUCAUAAUUGUCUAGUU